AAUGGUUUUUUGUUCGCUCGCUCGGUCGUACAAUUUUCUAAGGCAAAAGUUUUUAAGGCACUUUUUACCAGCGAAAAAAGUUUUAACUUUAUCUUUUGGACUAAUAUCGUGUCGUUUAACCUAAAUGUGGUGCAACCCGUGUAUUAUAAUUGUUGAAUACUAGAUUAAAUUCAAAAAAUUCUCGUGCCCUGGCUAGCAGAUUUUUUUCAAUGGAGGACUUCGUUCAAAAGAUGUUCUAGUACGAGAAUGUAAAAAUCCAUAAAUUUUUCUACAACAUUGCAUUAGGAGCAAAUGGUGCUGAAACAGUGAAAAUGAAUAACUUUUUGGUCCAAAUAUCUUCACUGACGAUAUUCCUAGGUCGCUCCUCGGAGGCAAUUCCCGUCCCGAAUCGUCCAUUUGGUGAGCGAAAUGUCGGGUGGCUUGGAAUUUUGACGUGCCUAGGUCUGGGUGCAGCCAUCGGGUUAUGCGUAUUCUGCAAGAAAAAGAAAGGACAGUUCAAGAAGUUUGAAAACGAUGGUAACAUAGAAGAAGUGAAGAAUACCGAAUAUCCUAUUUUAAAAUCAUUGAAUUCUCUCGAUCCCAAAAAAACUGGGGCAAUCAUACCGAGUAGCCCUACGAAUCUAUCAACGGAUAAUUUGCUUGACCAAACGGUCCAAUAUCAAAAUGAAUUGGUAUCAUCGCAUGACUUAGAUGGUAUUGAAAAUUAUCAUCUUCUUAAACAAUAUCAUAAAGAAAAUGUUCCAAAGAAAUUAACAGUUGAACAUGUCGGCAAAAGCACGCCGUCUACGUCAAAAUUGGACUUGCAUUGCGCUAGACUACAGACUGACGAUACAGAUUCGCAUUCGAAUAUGCUUCUCUCAAGCAAGGAAUCGUUAAGUUCAGUUUCCGCACAGCCAUCCGGAACGAAGACGAGCUAUUCAAACGAACAAGAAACGGCCUCGUUAAAAAAUUCAACCAUUUUUGGAGACGAAAAACCUCUUAUUGAUCGGUGUUCAACAGAUAUAGAAAUUGAGCCCGAAGAAGACGACUUUGAAGAUGAUUCCGCUCAAGUGGAUAUGUCUGUUCAACCGCCGACACGAUUGGAUGACGUUACAAUCAGCAUCAGUGAACGGGCUAGUUUCUUUGAUGAACCAACUUCUGGCACGACUAGGGAAUGUGGACCACCAGAAGACGUUACACCCAUGGAUAGCUUGGAAGAUAACUCUUCUGUGCAUGAAACUAACAGUAUCGAAGAAGCGUUGCGUGCUUUAGAUUUUGCAAUAGAUGGCGAGGACGAGAGUGACGACAGCGAAGAAGAACCGAGUGAUCAAAUUAACUCUGAGCGCUUGGAUAUAGGACAAGAUGCUGGCCACCGGCGAGCUGAACUACGUGCUAACAAAAACUCCUCAUCAGAUAGUGGCAUGGAUGAAAUAGAUAUCAGUGAAAAGGUUACCAGUCCCGAUUCCGAGAUUCAAACUAUUGUGAGAGAAGAAGCUACCAAAUUGGUAGAUGAGAUAUUAGUAUUAUGCCAAAGCAGAAUUGCAGAAAUGAAGGAAAACGAACAAUUCGAAAAUAAAGCUAUGGAUAAUUUGAUCAGUGAUGAGUUCGAUGAUUUCACAGGUGUAUUGCUAGAAUGCAGCACACCGUUUGUUGCAAAGAAAAUAUUUAGUAUUGCAGGUACUGUCGAUGAAAACAUACCGGCCAAACAGGCCUUGUUCUGUGAUGUGAAUGACAAAACGUACGAUAUGGUAUCUGAUAGCAUGAUGCUACAUGAAUUGAACAAAUCUGAUAAAGAAGAAAAACUUGCAGAUACUUUUGAAACAUUCAAAAAUGAAAAAAAUACUGUCGACGCUGAUAUUUCCAAAGUAGAUGAUUUAGAACUUGAACAGAUUUUCCCUCUAAAUAAAACAGUAUCACUCGCACCAAUGAAUACUACGCACACCCUGGCUGAUCCCUCUGAAACUUUUGUUAAAGACCAUACCGAAUGUUUACCAUCAAUAACCAUCGAAGGUGGUAUCCCAGACGAGGUAUCGGAAAAACCAACGGCUACGCCAAUGAAUACGCCAAUAGAACUGGGCUGUCCUACAACGGCAGAUUGGGAUAAGUGGCUCACAGCUAGCGCCAGUACGAGCGCAAGAAACGAUCAGGAACUAUGCGAGAAUGAUUAUUUCUCGAGCCACAAUUUUGAUGAAGGUUGGUUUUUGCAUGCACAACCCGGCACCAGUACAAUCAACGAAGGAAAUGAAACAUACGACCUGGACGAUAAUAAUGAUAAUCUCGACGAAACAUAUGAUCUUUUGAGAAAACAGUUGGUUGAAAUGUUACCACAUGCCCAGGGUGCCAAAGAUUCCGCUAAUUCUGCUACUGAAAAUGACCACAGCCCCAAUCACUAUGGUAUUCAAUACGGUGAUCUUGAUGAAGCCACGAACGCGCCUUCAACAUCGGUAGCCAAAGAUAAUGAAAUGAUUAUAAACUACAAACGAACAUUAUCACCUAUUAUGGAAGAAAGUGAGGACGAAUCGUUUUAUAACAAAACGUCUUUCUGUAAGGAAGCAUCACAUUUCGUCGAAAGUACCAGGUUGAUCAAGAAUUUCUACACUGGAUGUAUGGAAUCCCUCACGGCAAUGGGUGUCAAUAGGACAUUAAUGGCUUCCAACGAUACGUUGUUCAAUUUUGAUGAUGUGCUGGAUGAAAUAUUAUCCCCACGUGUCCCAUCUCAAUCUCAUACACCAACUAAUCGGGAUAAGGAAAGCAUGGAAUAUUUUGCUCGAUCUCCACGCCACGACCCAACGUCGAUUACCGAACCUACCAGUUUGUUAUCGGAUGUCAAGUUUCCUCCACCAAAAAGUUUGGAAUUGGUAUCAGUAAGAGUACGAGAUUCGUCACUCAGCUCUCCUGGGGAUCCGACGCGGAAAGAUUUUUCCCAAGAUUCCACAUUCACUCUAGACGAAAAAACGUGCAUUUCCCUGAGCAAACCGAACGAAGAAGAUGAACGAAUUUCUGAGAUAUCGGAACCAGUCCUAGUAUCCUCUUCAUCUUAUCUGAAUAAACCUGAAGACAAUAGUCUAAUGGAUGAUGAGAUUGCAUCAAUCGAGGAUGAUUCUUUUGAUGAAAUAUUGGAACGAGAAAAACCUUUGGAGGAUGAACAUUAUAAUCAUUUUUUAGAUUUAUGUAACGCUCCGGAAUCGGUACUCAAUAUAGAUGUACCCGAACCAGAUGAGAAUUUUGAUCCUGGCAAAGUCACUAACAGUAACGUCGAAGAAGAUGCUGUCUAUAUUCAAAAUAAAUUGAAUUUGGAAAAUACCUACGGCAGUCGAAGCCUGGAUGAACAAGGUGUCAUUGAAUCCAUUGAUAGGUUUUUGCUUAAGUCACGAAAUGUAAGUCUACCAGAAGACAAAAGUACAAAUCCCUUGGUUAAUGGCCAUUUAAAUAGUUGUAAGCUGUCCAGUAGAUCUGAUGGUACCAAUAUUUGUAUAAACUAUGAUGAAUAACAUGAUCAGCAAUGUUUGUUGAAGGCAUGGAGGAAACUUGAAAAAUAAAUAAACAUGUUAGAUAUUUA